CUUCCGGUGACUGGCGGAAGCAGGGGCCGGUGGCUGCGGACGCCGGGGUCCCGAAGCAUGGCGGGGGAGGGGCCGGGGGAGGUGUGCACCGAUCAGGCUAGGGCGACCCUCGCCCCGGCCCCUUGAGUCAGGACUCGACAGAUGUAAUAAUGGAUCAUCAUGUUUCCACCAUUAAACCUAGAAGAAUCCAAAACCAGAAUGUCAUUCACCGUUUGGAACGCCGGCGCAUCAGUUCAGGCAAGGCAGGUACCCACUGGCACCAGGUUCGCGUGUUCCACCAGAAUGUCUUUCCCAACUUCACAGUUGUCAACGUUGAGAAGCCUCCUUGUUUCCUGCGUAAAUUCUCGCCUGAUGGACGCUACUUUAUUGCUUUUUCUUCUGACCAAACAUCUCUUGAAAUCUAUGAAUACCAGGGCUGCCAGGCAGCAGAGGACCUCCUUCAGGGAUAUGAGGGAGAGAUCCUGUCCAAUGGCAAUGACCAGCGGUCAGUUAGUAUCCGAGGCCGGCUCUUUGAGCGCUUUUUUGUCCUGUUGCACAUUACUAAUGUAGCGGCCAAUGGUGAGCACCUGAACCGGGAGUGUAGCCUCUUCACUGAUGACUGCCGAUGCGUCAUCGUGGGCUCCGCUGCCUACCUCCCAGACGAACCUCACCCUCCUUUCUAUGAGGUAUAUCGGAACAGUGAGUCAGUGACUCCCAACCCACGAUCCCCUCUAGAGGACUAUUCCCUUCAUAUCAUUGACCUUCACACUGGCCGCUUAUGUGACACACGUACAUUCAAGUGUGAUAAAGUGGUCUUGUCACACAAUCAAGGGUUGUACUUAUACAAAAACAUCCUGGCCAUAUUGUCUGUGCAGCAGCAGACCAUUCAUGUCUUCCAGGUGACUCCUGAAGGCACUUUUAUUGAUGUACGGACCAUCGGCCGCUUCUGCUAUGAGGAUGACCUGCUCACUGUGUCAGCCGUUUUCCCUGAGGUGCAGCGGGACAGCCAGACAGGCAUGGCCAAUCCCUUUAGGGACCCUUUCAUCAACUCCCUGAAACACCGGUUGCUGGUGUACCUCUGGCGCCGUGCAGAGCAGGAUGGUAGUGCGAUGGCCAAGAGGCGCUUCUUCCAGUACUUUGACCAACUACGGCAGCUGCGCAUGUGGAAGAUGCAGCUUCUGGAUGAAAACCAUCUGUUUAUCAAGUAUACCAGUGAGGACGUAGUGACGCUGAGGGUCACAGAUCCAUCUCAGGCCUCGUUCUUUGUGGUGUACAAUAUGGUGACAACUGAGGUGAUUGCCGUGUUUGAGAACACGUCAGAUGAGCUUUUGGAACUCUUUGAGAACUUCUGUGAUCUCUUCCGUAAUGCUACCCUGCAUAGUGAAGUCCAGUUUCCCUGCUCAGCUUCCAGCAACAAUUUUGCAAGACAGAUCCAGCGCCGGUUCAAAGACACGAUUAUAAAUGCCAAGUACGGAGGGCACACGGAGGCAGUGCGCCGGCUGCUAGGCCAGCUCCCCAUCAGUGCCCAGUCUUACAGUGGGAGCCCUUAUCUGGAUUUGUCUCUCUUCAGCUACGAUGACAAGUGGGUGUCAGUCAUGGAGCGACCCAAGACUUGCGGAGAUCACCCUAUCAGGUUCUAUGCCCGGGACUCUGGCCUGCUCAAGUUUGAGAUUCAGGCAGGCUUAUUGGGCCGCCCCAUCAACCACACAGUGCGACGCCUCGUUGCCUUCACCUUUCACCCUUUUGAGCCUUUUGCUAUUUCUGUGCAGAGGACUAAUGCGGAGUAUGUCGUCAACUUCCAUAUGCGACACUGCUGCACCUAGCUGCCUCAUCACAACCAUGCCUCUGGCCUUCUAGGACUUUGCCCCCUGCUUGUCUCAGUGGAUUCGAGCAAAAGCUGCUGGCUGCUAGCUUUUGGGGUUCCAGACCAAUAUACCUCCAUGGGACAGAGCCAGAGAGGAGCUGGGGGUAGGGGAGCACAACCUAGUGGGACUUUGCUGUUGUAUACAAUACUGCUACUGAUCUUUUAUUUUAUUUUAUUUUUUCUUUUUGAGACAGGGUCUUCCUGUAGCCCCAGCUGGCCUGGAACUGUUUAGACCAGGCUGGCCUCGAUCUCACAGAAAUCCGUGUCUCUGCCUCCCAAGUGCUGGGAUCAAAGGCGUCCACCACAAUGCCUGGUGUUGAUCGAUCAAUUUUUAAAGUUACCUUGCUUUUCCCUUUGGGAAUGCCCAGCAUUAAUUAAGUCCAUUUAAUUUUGUUUACUUAGCAGUUUAUGACUGUGAAGGUAAAAGCAUUACGUCUUUCCCCCUCGAUGUCACUUCUUUGGCAUUAUGGUCUGCAGCCUGUAGCAGAUAAAUGCUGUUUAUUCAUGAGAAGUAUGUAUCUUUUCCAUUUCUCCAGUGAGCAGGGCUGUCUUUGUAAGAGAAAAAUAAAGCCUUGGUAUUUUCUUAUA